AUGGUUGUUCAGAGUUCUUUGACUUUUGCUGAGAAGAAGGGCUUAGAGAUAUAUGUUGGGACAACAUUCACGGAAUUUGGCGGCAGCUACACUCAUUCGCGAAAAGAACCAGAUCUCUGUAUCAAGCCUGUAGGGAUGACUCUUCCGACAGUUGUCAUUGAGUCUGGUUGGAGCGAGUCAAGGGAACAACUUUACGAAGACCGUGAUCUUUGGUUGAAGGGUGGCCGUGAGUCAGUACAAAUGGUCAUCAUUGUGAAAUGGACCCAGAAUGCCGCGAAGCAAGUCGAAGGCGAUAUUGAACUAGUCGAUUUGGAUACCGAUGGGAAUGCAAGAUUGCUCCAGAGACGAAGCAUUUUUCCACCUCCAGGCUUGUCUGAAGCAGCAGACUCGCGGGAGCUGACGAUUACGAAUGGUCAGCUAUGGGGACCUCUGCUUGCCGGCACAAGCGACGCAUCUGAGUCUCUCAAACUGAGUAUCGACGAGCUACGGAUGAUUGUUGCAAGGAAUAUGCAAGUUCACGGGUGUUGUCCUGUUAUCUAG